UGAUGAAGUUGAGUAAAAUGAAUGAGGAUGAGGCAGCUCUCAUAUUUGAGGAAAGGUAACCACUUCAUAUUUUAUCAAGAGAAAGAAAAAACUUAUUGGAAAUUUAAUUGAAUAAUAUACAAAAGUCCAAAAAUAAUAGCCACAAUCAAAAAAUAAUAUCCUAUCUAAACAUGAUCAAUCAAAAUAACAUGAAAAAUAAAAACCAUCAAAUGAAUGUUUAGUGGAGACUUCUAAAGAAAUUCAAUUAAAAAAAAUAGUUAAAAGUUCACUGUUGAAGGAUAUUGGUAAUAUUGAUAUGGAAAUACAGAAAAUGACUAAUGAACAUAACACUAAUAGAAGUAAACCAUUGUAUUUAGAAAAAUAAUAUUCACAUUCUAAAAUUUUGACAAAAACAAUGAAUUAAACUGAAUUAUCGAAGUCUGAAUAGAAGACAUCUAUAUAAAAUAGAAAUCAAAGCUAUUAUACUAAUAGAUAAAAAUUUAAUAAAAUAAAUUCUGUAGCUGAAAACUCUUAUUCAAAACUUGCAGAAUCUAUUCGCAAUUUAUCUAAUUAAAGAAAGGGUGAAGAACGUAAAACUAAUGAUUUUACAAAACCUUAUGAUUUUCUAUAAAUUAAAACUCAAUCAGAAAAAAUAAUCAAUAAACCAAAAACAAAAUCAGUUAAUAUUGAAGCCAAUGUUAUUAAAUAAAGUAAAGUAGUUUCUAGUGAGCGUAAAAUACCUAAACCACCAUUAAAAUAGUUAUAUACAAAAAGAAAUUCAGAGAGUGAGAAAACAUCACCAGUCAAAACUAUUUUAAAAUAAACUUCUAAUCAUACUUAUGAUUUAAGUUCAACAAAAGCUAAUACAACUCAAUAAGUAAUAUUUAAUAUAUUUAAUCAUAGUUUUAUUAACAUAAAGAUAAUCCUUUUAAUAGAAGUCAAAAUAAUAGUAAAAUUGGAGAUUACAAAAUAUUAGAAGCUGUCAAUAUCUAUAAAACACUUAAAUAAUUAGUGGAUUCAAAAGAGUAAAAUCAUCAAAAGUAUUCAACUACUUUACUUUAAUAAAAAACUUCAACUUUAUUGGUAAAUUUAUUAUUAUAUUAUUUAUAGUCUCAUAAGAAUGUUAAACAAUAAUAAUGA